AUGAAAAUAGACAAGGCUCUCUGUGAUCUUGGUGUUAGUGUAAGCCUAAUGCCCCUAUCCAUAUGCCAAAAGCUGAAUGUCAGAGAACUCAUACCAACUACUAUCUCAUUACAAUUGGCAGAUAGAUCUGUCAAAUACCCAGUUGGCAUCUUGGAGAACAUCCUCAUCAAAGUAGGAAAGUUCUUCAUUCAUAUAGAUUUUGUGAUCCUAGAGAUCGAAGAAGAUGUUCAGAAUCCCAUUAUAUUGGAAAGGCCUAUCUUGGCAACUGCCAGAGCUAUUAUAGAUGUAAAAAAUGGGCGGUUAACUCUCAAAAUAGGAGGAGAAAAAGAAGUGAAAUUCAACCUAUUUAGAGUAAUGAAGCAUAAAUCUAAAUUUGAUGAAUAUUUAAGGGUUGACAUCAUAUAUAAGCUAGUAGAGGAGGAAUUCCAAAAGAGAUACCCUGAAGAUACUCUUAAAGUUUGCAUAGUGCACAGUAAUACAGUAGAUGACGAAAAUAAAGAAAUUGCAGCUUAUGCAUAA